AUGCUCACGGAAAUGAAGUAUACUCGGAACAAAGCGCGUUCUUUUACAUUGAUCAACCGCGACAAAGUCGAUGGAAGUCUGAUCUACGCUCCUGUGGGUAGCUCGAUUGGAUACAGCUCAUGCAGCCGAUGGGUAAUAUGGGCUACCGGAACAUGUUGCUUCCUAGCCUAUAGGCUAUGUGGCUAG